UGGCUGCUGGAGAGUCAGCGCCCAGCCCAGCCUUCAGCCCAGCCCAGCGGAGCAUCCCGGGCACCGUCCGUGUGCCCGCGGAGUGCCCUCCUGCCCGAGGGUCCCGGGGUCCGUGCCCGUGUGCCCGCGUGCCCGCGUGCCCGGUGCCCGGUGCCCGGACCAUGGUGAAGAUCAGCUUCCAGCAGCCCGCCGCCGGGCUCAAGCCCGACAAGGAGGCGGCGGCCGAUGGGGACAAUUCGGAGAUCCUGCUCCCGCACUGCCUGGAGGAGCCAACUCCACCAGCCCAGACUCGGAAGUCUUCUCUUAGUGGGAUAUGCUACUUGACUAUGGGCCUAAUCGUUUUGCUCCUGGGACUUGUGUUUGCCUCCAUGUAUGUCUACAGAUACUUCUUCAUUACCCAGUUUUCCCAGCUUCCUCGGGAGAGCGUGUUUCACUGCGGAGUGCUCUAUGAAGAUUCCCUCUACUCCCCCUUCAAGGGGAAGCUGGAGCUGCAUGAAGACGUGAAGAUUUACAUCGAGGAGAACUAUGAACAGAUCAAUGUCCCUGUACCCCAGUUUGGGGGCAGUGACCCAGCCGACAUCAUCCACGAUUUCCAGCGGGGGCUGACGGCUUAUCACGACAUAGCCUUGGACAAGUGCUACGUCAUCGAGCUGAACACCACCAUCGUGAUGCCUCCACGUAACCUCUGGGAGCUGCUGGUCAACGUGAAGAAGGGAACGUAUCUGCCACAAACAUACAUCAUCCAGGAGGAGAUGAUUGUCACAGAGCAUGUCAAUGACAUGGAACAGCUGGGCUCCUUCAUUUACCGCCUGUGCAGUGGCAAAGACACGUAUAGACUGAAGCGGAGAACCACAAGAAGACGCAUCAACAGGCGUGAAACUGGAAAUUGCAACCACAUCCGCCAUUUUGAAAAUACUUUUGUGGUGGAGACUGUGAUCUGUGACAAGUCGUGAAAGCCCUUGGCCAGUGUGUCCUCCUUUGCUUUUGCUUGCACACCCGGAGCCUCUCCUUAGAAGUGAUGUGUCUUACUUUUCUUUGCCAGCCCUUCUUGCAGCUUGCACCACCCCGUAACCUCUCAGCUCCUCUGUGAUCACACAUUCACCCUUCUCGCGUCUCUCAACUGUACAUACCACUGACCCGAGACUUGCUUUGCUGGGCUUAAAUUUACCUAGUAACAUGGAAACAGUUGCAUGCCAGGCCUGGCCUCGUGAUCUGAGCAUUGCGGCAGGGGGUGUCUUCAGCAAUUCAAUCCUCCUAGGUCUGGAGAUAGGGUCAGAGGGGAAGGGGCAGUUGAGUCAUUGGGGAUGGGUUCCCCUGGGUCUGGGGCUUUUACUUCCUAGACCUCGGCCUUGGCUAAUACCCUGUGUUGUGGGAGAAAUGGUUGGGGAAAAAGUCAGCAUAGAAGAAAAGGACAUAACCUUGGAAGGCAGGGAGUAACAAGAAUCUUAGAGCCCACUAUUAAUUAACAUUCUCAGGGUGAUCAAAACUGCCACCCAGUAGAAAAGUUUGAGAUGAAAGAUUUCUAGCAAAAUUCAAGCAUGGUGGUCCCCAGCUGGGCCAAGCACCCCCACUGGGUGAAGCGGGGAUGUUCUGACAUUCAGAGUCUUGUGGGGUGACCAAUUCCACAGACCAUGGGUCUCCCACACUGCCUUCAACCCUGCGCAAGAAAGACCCCAACACCAGUUUCCUCAGCGGUCCUGUAGCACCUCCACUUUGAAGUAACACUAAAAUAGUCAGCUGCCUAAGGUGCCAGCUGGCUUCUUCGCUGGGGCCAGCAGGGCUGAUUUCUUCAUUUGGGUUUUGGAAGUGAAGCUUCAGUUCCUUUUGAGGAGCGAUUCCCUUGGCAUGUUGGGUUUUCAGCCUGAGGCAUGCAGGCCUUAUCUGCACUGAUUGUUUCCCCAAAUGCUGUGAGCUCUGGCUACCGUCAAAGUGGUGGUCCAAAGUGGUGGUCCCGUUCCCGCCGCCCUAGGUCGGAACUGCCACUCUUGAGUGGCUUCCAGGUUGACGUUAUGGAGCACUUUGAGCUUCCCUCCCCAGGAAGUCAACCUACCUACCUCCCUCCCCGCCCCACACCCUUUUUUCCCUUGGAUCACAGUAUUAGUAAUAAGAUUUGUUGAGCACCCACUAGAUGCUUUGGAAUAACAGAAUAAAGAAGUGACAUGUUCCCUGCACACAAGGAGGUUACAUUCUAGUGUGGAAGACAAACAUAAACAUAUUUAUAUCUUGAAUACUCAAAAUCAAUAUGUAUUUAUGUGCAAGCAAUGGUUUUGCUACUAGCCCUCAAGAAUUCUGCUGUCCCUCUCCCAGAGGGCCCCAGGCUGUGAUCUCAGACACUCUUCAGGGCAGACGCUGUAGUCUCCCCAGCAGAGCAUGGGCUGCUAGCACCACCGAGACACUUCUUCACACGUUGCUUGCUGUUCCCAAACGCAGUACCAUUUAGCAGCUAAUGAAUUUUCCUGCAGACGCUUUUGCCCCGAUCCGUAUUUUGAAACCACUCUACACGAGUCCAUGAAAAUGCUGGAUUUUGCCCACCAUGUUCCUCUUGGGUUACUUCCCCUCCCCUCUUUUAAAAAGUGAAAAUAUAGUUUGCCAAGCAGUAGGCUAAAAUAAAUAGGAGAAGUUGUAAUUAUAUUUGACCUUGCUUCCUCCGUUAUCCUUUUGCAAAUGAUGUGACUAUUUCAGCUGCCCACUGCCUCCUGAAAUAUUGGAAAUCUUGGUAGCAUCUCCUUUUUUUUUCCGUUUUGUGGGGCAGGGGGUGGGAGAGGGCAGAACAGAGAGCACAAGACUCAGAAUUUUCUCUAGAACAUUCCUAUUUCAUAGCUCUUUGGUCAGCUUAGUCUGCCAGUUUGCUUGAAAGAGCCUGAUGUUUCAGAGAAGGAAGCAAUGAAAUGGAAGCAAGUACAAUCGCUCAUCAAACCCAAAGGACAGUGACCUCUCUCCUUCGGUUUGUUGUGCCUUAGGUCUCAAGAGGAGGGGCAGAAUGGGGAUGGGAAGGCCUGAGGUCCUGGGAUAGAAUUCAGAAUGAUUAUUCCUUCCAAGCCAAAAGCCCCUCUGCCUUAGAAUGUUGAUGACCUGGUAGCAGCAUUUCAACUGGUGACUCAAUUGAGAAAGAAAAAGAGUGAGAGAGAGAGAAUGUGUAUGUGUUCGUUUAGAAUGGAUCAGAUUGAUUGUGAAACUGAAUCUGUCCAGAGAUUCAGACUUUGAAGAAUGGGGAUUUCUCAUCUGGGUUUAGAGUGACACUAAAUGAUUUGCAGGAUGAGAAAUAUCAGUCAGGCAUUUCAUGGUGAUGAAUUGUAAUUCGGUUAAGGUCCGUAGGUUCGGAGAGCUUCUUUUUGAUUUACACCCAUUGUUCUUUUAAAAAGGAAACAAAGGAAAGAAAAAGCCACCUCCUCAACGCCAUUAUACAAACAAAAUUGUAUAGAAAUCAUGCCCGGGAACCAGGGGGUGGGGGCGGGGGAGGGGGAGCGGGACCAGAGUGGGGAAUCAUUGGGAGCCUGAAGGAAUUGUGAACCAACCAACUGGUAAAUUUAAGCCCUGAACUAAUUCUUGCUUGAGAAAUUUCAUCCCACUGGUCUCCUGGUGGAAGCUCCAAUUUUUCCUUUUCCUUCUCAGUUUGCAUGAUUUACCUGGUCAUUGAAUAUGCUAACCACGUGCAAUUUCCGAACCUCAAGAGUCAGGCCUUGGUUCAUCACCUGAACUAAAGUAAUCGUGAAUUCAUAAGGGCAAACCUUGCAGUUGUUUAGAAAUGAAACUUUAAAUGCUUUGUAUAUUUUGUCUGUUAGAUACCUUUUAAGAAGUGUCCAUGGAAAAAUAAAGUCUUUACCUCUGACCGUAGAGGAGGAAUUUGA